AUGGCACGACCAUCCAUGGACAGGGACCGCGGCGGCCGCGGGCGGGACCGCGAUGAACCCGAACUGCUGGACAAGCUGGUCAGCAUCAACCGCGUCGCCAAGGUUGUGAAGGGCGGGCGGCGGUUCGGCUUUUCGGCGCUCGUCGUCGUGGGGGACCAGCGCGGGCGCGUGGGCGGUGGCUCGGGCAAGGCGCGGGAGGUGCCGGAGGCGAUCCGCAAGGCCACCGAGCAGGCCAGGCGCCGCAUGGUUCGCGUGCCGCUUCGCGAAGGACGCACGCUGCACCACGACGUGCAGGGCCGCUUCGGGGCAGGCAAGGACGUGGUCGCCAAGUCGGUGGGAUCGUCGAACCCGCAGAACAUGGUCAAGGCGACCUUCGAUGCGCUCGGGCGCUGCUACUCUCCCCGCGCCGUCGCCGCCAAGCGCAAUCGCACGGUGAGCCAGAUCUUCGGCCAGGACGAGUCCGCCAAGGAGCGGACGGUGCAGGAGUAG